AUGACUCCCACGAUCACGUCUUAUAUGAUUCUCUUUUUAGCCGCCGUGGCUACUGCUCGACCUCUUGAACGACGAGAAGUUCCCCAGGAGCACUCUCAUGAGCAGUUUCUCACCACCGUGCGAGCAUCCCUUGCCGUCAACAACCCAGCCAAAAUCCAGGAUCCGGUUUUCGCUCUCCUAGGAAAUACUGCGGCCGCCAAAGGUGCUGGAUCAAUCACCGAUAUUAACUGCCUCCAACAAGCUGUAGCCGACCAGGCUUUUACCAACUCCAAAGCCGCCAAAGAUGUGAAAGGCAUGACUGCAGCACUGGUAUACCGAACCCUUGAACGUAAUAGCGGCACUGUCGGUGCUACUAGCGCUCUUUGUACCUCUAUCAAAGCCGUGAAUCCGGAAAUCGCAGCCUUACAACAGCAUCAGGACCCCGCUUCUACUGGAGCUGCAGCACUUAACAAGAAAAUUGCUCUAGAGUUGGCUGUCCAGAUUGCUAAGAUUGGCGGUGAUCCAAACACAGCUAUUCAAAGCGGUACCUUUGCUCCAGGUAAAAUUGGAGACCCAACUGCCAAAGGAAACACCUGCGACGAUCAAAAUGAUCCUACUGGUUGUAUAUUCACAAAGAAGCUUCUUGUUCCAGACGUUACCGCGCAGGAAAUUCAGGCUGCUCUGGCAUCUGCUGGCGUGAAAGGAUCUGCCACUGGGGCAUCUUCCACGGUACCAGCAGCAGUACCAGCAGCAGCACCAGCUACGACAUCACCCUCAACUGAUGCAUGUUCCUCCUCGACCGCAGCAACCUCAAACACCGGAGCAUCAACCAACACUGCCUCUACCACCAGCACCAGCACCUCGACAACAACCGCUAGCAAAAGCACCCUUAACCUAGGAUCUUGCAGCAACUCAUCACCUUUCAUCGUCUUUGGACCCGGCUUUGAUGGUCGUAACACAAACUCCUUCGAGCCUGCUGACAAGGCAACUUUCAACCAUGGAUCUGCUCUCAAUAUUGGAGUUGUCGCUAACUUUAUUUGUGACCGGCUGAACAGCCCUUGCAAAGCGUCGCAGUCAACUAUCGAUACAUGCAAAAAUGCUGCCAAAGCAGCCUCGUCAUUGUCAGGACAAGCCGCUGCUGAUUCAUUCAACCGUGCAAUGGCCUAA